CUGGUGCCCCCUCCUCCUGCUCCACCGAACACAGAGGCGGAUGAGUUUCUGGGCAUGAUGAGGGUUGGAUGUGAGGACUCAAGCUGUUGGAGUGUUUCAAGCUGAAGAGAUAAGAUACCUGAUGGAUGUUAUAGAUACAGAGUUUUGGGGAGGUGAUGGGUGGUCCUUGCCCACCUUAAAAGCAGUUUACUUUGAGGGCGGUGGCUGUCUUCUCUUCCCCGCUCACCUGGUCAGCACCGAAACUUGACGUCGCCGCUUCACCCAAAACAAUGUCCAAACCACGGGACUUCAGCAGCCAGUCGUACUCCCCCAGCAGCAGCACGGGACCAAGCAAAAGCACCGCAAAAAACAACAGCAAUGCCAAGGAGAAGGACGAGAUGGUCGGACUCAACGACAAAUUCGUCAGACUCAUUGAGAAGAUGAAGGAGCUGGAGGAUGAAAAUAAAAAACUCGAGAUGAAGCUGAAGAUCCUCAAGGAGCAGGAGAAGUACAACGGGAACAUCAACGACAUCGUGAAGCAGCUGGAAAAUGAGCUGGAGGAGCAGAUUGAGAGCUUGCUCCGUGACCAGGACAAGCUUCACUCUGAGCUAGCAGCAAGUAAGGACGAGCUGCAAGAUACCAAGAAUAGGUAUAAUGAUGAGGUUCAAAAGAAAAAUGAGUUGGAGAGUGAGUUUAUUGUCACCAAAAAGGAAGUGGAUGAUGGUCACUUGGAGGCUGUGGAUCUGGCUCUGGAGCUGGAGGACCUGAUGGGAAAACUGGACUUCCUCAGAGUUGGCUAUGAUGAGGAGAUCAGAGAGCUGGAGUCCCUCAUCCAAAAUGAGACAGUUAUCCUACGUAACAACAACAUACGGUCACUGGACAUGGACGAGAUUAUCGAAAGCGUCAAGAUUCAGUACGCCAACAUUGCCGCACGCACCAGGGAGGAGGCUGAGCAGUGGAAUGAGAGGAAGAUGGAUUCCAUGGUUCUCACUGCAGGACAACGUGAGCAUGAAGUGCGUGAGGUCAAAAGGGAGAUAUCAGAUCUGCUGCGCCUCAUCCAGAGGCUUAAAGGGGAUCUGGAAUCUCUCACAAGGAAGGAAGAAUCCCUGAAGAAAGAAAUCAAUGAUCUGACAACAGAAGGUGAUGAGAAUCUGCUGAAAAGUAGGGAGGACAUUGCUCGGCUGGAGGAUGCCUUGAAGCGGGCUAAGCAGGACUUGGCCUCACUGAUCCGCGAGUACCAGGAGCUGAUGAGCCUCAAGCUGGCCCUGGACAUCGAAAUUGCCACCUACCGCAAGCUUCUGGAGGGCGAGGAGCAGAGAAUGAACGAAAUCAUGAGCAACGCAGACGUUCACCAACCAAUGAAGCAACAGCCGCCAGAAAAGCCGCAAGCCCCAGAUUCCACCAUCGCCCCAACAACCAACACCAUCAUCCCAAUGGCCACCAUCACAGAAGCAUACCAAGACUCCAAGAAAUGCCUGCUGAUCCGGGUGAAUGUGGAAGCAGGGAAGGUCGUGUCUGAAAGCUACUUUUAUGAUGAAGACUGAUCAGUACUGUCUUUCUAUCACUGACUGCAGCAUAAUCCAUAAAAUGUGAAUUUGUUAGAUUAUUAAUUUAAAGUCAGAUUUUUUUUAUACAUGAUCUGUUUUGCUUGUGUGCUUUAUUUCGUUACCUGGUGGACUGUAAACAACAGCUCCUUGGCAGGUUGAACAUCUUUCUCAGAAUCAGUGCUUGGGGGAUUUGUGACAUUUCGUUUAUUUUAAGCAUAGACAAAAAUAGGCUUCUUAUCCAUGUUUGCAUUUCCAAAUGUGACGCCACUUUGUAAUGUGUUUUUACAGGUAUCUGACCUCUUUUGAUACAAAGAGAAUACAGAAAAUACAGGAUAUUAAAAGUGAGAAGAUUUCUUAAACAUAUGAACUAUGAAAACCAAACAAGUGUGUUUCCUGCUGUUGGUGUAUGUCUUGUGUCAGGAUGAAAAACAGAGCAAUAUUGUUUCCUAGAAGUCACAUUGUAAAGAGGCUCACAUUGAUCUGGUGUUAUAGUUUCAGACUUAAACAGCUUUUCAACAGCAGUGGAAUGAAACUGAGACAAGAAAUUGCUGUGGAAUAAAUUUAAUAAAUAAAGCAACAUGAUCAAGGUACUGUA